UAUUUUCCUCAUAAUACCUAUUUUCUGGUGAAAUAGUUUAUCUUAAACGUCGAUAUAUAAAAUGGAGGUGGAAUCAAUUGAUAUGGAAUUCUUUCGGGUACCAAAAUUUGCAUUGUUAGUACUUGGAUUCUGGCCGGAAACUCAUCUAACGCCUAUUCGAAUCAUUCAUGGUGUCAUCAAUGUGGUUAUUUUAUCGUGGGCUGUAAUCUCGGAGAUGUGUUCUGGAAUUAUGCUUCUUCAGCAACCAGUUGUUGCGUUGGAUGCCAUGGCGCCAUCACUUUCGAAAUUCGUGACAGUAUUAAAACUUGUUAUGAUGUGGGCAACGCGUAAAAGAUUUCGUGCUCUCCUCCGUCAAAUCUAUGAUUUGAUGCAAGUAGAAAACAACAGCAAAAAACUUAAAAUAAUGAAGGAUAUGAAAAGGCUAAUAACAUUUUGUGGAGUAAUAGUAUUCCUUUUUGGGAAUGCCACAAAUGCAGCAUACUUUUUCCGGCCGAUUGUCAAUAAUGUGCUGAAUCAUCGCAACGGAAGGAAUAUAACUAGAGAAAUGCCAUUUAUUGCAUGGAUUCCAUUCCAGACACAUAAUGUUGUGGCCUUCGGUAUUGGAUACAUGAUAAACUCAUAUUUUGGAUUUAUCGCAGCAUUUGGAUUCGGAGGAGUUGAUGGAUUCUUUGUUCAAUGUUGCCUCUACAUGGCAACGUUAUUCCAACUAUGUCGAGAGGACGCAAAGCUGGCAUUUUAUAAAGGACCGUUGGCUGUUGUUUCUGCAGAACAGAAUAGAAUUACUCAGAAAAAAUUAUGCGCAGUAAUUGAAAAACACAAUGUUAUUAUGGAUAUGUGCGACGAAUUAGUGGAUCUUUUCACCCUUAUCAUAUUGGGACACUUUUUAUCUGCAGCGCUUGUCAUAUGUGUUACAGCUAUAGAUUUCCUAAUGGCGUCAGGAUUUAAUAUUGUCGUUUAUAUAGUGCACAGUUUAAUGGUGAUUUUUGAAUUGUUUGUAUACUGUAUUGGGGGGUCCCAGGUCUUCGAAUCUAGCAUUGAUGUCGCGAGAGCUGUAUAUUUCCGGGAAUGGUAUAAAUAUGACACAAGAACUCAAAAGAUGGUUGCGUUGAUAAUGGUUAGAUCUCAGAAGGGAACUAGUGUGCAGGUACCGUUUUUCACACCAUCUAUUUCAGUUUUUGCUACGAUGUUGGGGACGGCUAGCUCAUACAUCACCCUAUUAAGGACAUUCUUGAAAAGACAUUAGUUGCAGAGAUGUGGUUUGCACAAUCGAUUGAAUUGGCACAUUAAAAAUGCCAUUGUCAUACUUCAACGUCAAGGGGCGUCAUGGAAA